UAAACCAAGUACAUGGAUAGCUGUCUCAUUGUUAGUGACUCAAAAUGAUGCUUUUGAACAAGAAGAUGCUGGAUGCUUUCGGUGAGGUGACUAAUACCAUCCCCACCUUUUUCUUUUCAAUUCCUAAGCUAUUGUUUACCAGCACAUUCUUUGAUUCCCAUUGUGACUAAAGCAGCCCGUUCCUUGAGGGAAAAGCAUAAUUACUUCCUUUUCUAGGUCCUUAAGCCCUUUGCUAAUGUUCCUGUCUGUGAGUUCCCGAAGCUGGGGUUCUAGGAGAGUUACCUGAACUGCUGACCCAUGAAAUAAUGGAGUAAGGCAGGCUGGAGCUGCCGGUCACUUUUAGGUGCUGGACUGCCCUGAGGCCUGGGCCCUGUCUGGGUGUGAGGAAAGCUCUGGAAGCUCCUCUGGAGGAAGAAGCAUGCAAGGCACCCCCAGACAAGGCCAGGGCCCCAGACCGCCCCCUGUGAACAAGUGGACACUCCUGCUCAGCAGCUUUAUCUUGACAGCUGCUUGGGGCCAAAUGAAUUUUACAGGAGACCAGGUUCUUCGUAUCCUGGCCAAAGAUGAGAAGCAGCUGUCACUUCUCAGGGAUCUGGAGUCCCUGAAACCCCAGAAGGUGGACUUCUGGCGUGGCCCCGCCAGACCCAGCCUUCCUGUGGACAUGAGAGUUCCUUUUUCUGAACUGGAUGACAUCAAAGCUUACCUGGAAUCUCAUGGACUUGCUUACCGCAUUAUGAUUAAGAACGUCCAGGUGCUGCUGGAUGAGGAGAGAGAAGCCAUGGCGAAGGCUCGCAGGCUGGAGCGCAGCACCAGUAGCUUCAGCUAUUCCUCUUACCACACCCUGGAGGAGAUCUAUAGCUGGAUCGAUAACUUUGUAACUGAACAUUCAGAUAUCGUCUCCAAAAUUCACAUUGGUAACAGCUUUGAAAACCGAUCCAUUCUUGUCUUGAAGUUCAGCACUGGAGGCUCUCAGCGCCCAGCCAUCUGGAUUGACACUGGGAUUCACUCCCGGGAGUGGAUCACUCAUGCCACUGGCAUCUGGACUGCCAAGAAGAUUGUCAGCGAGUAUGGCAAAGACAGCAUCCUGACAGACAUGCUGAAAGCCAUGGACAUCUUCAUAGAGCUUGUCACCAACCCUGAUGGGUUUGCUUUCACCCACAGCAUGAACCGUUUGUGGCGGAAGAACAAGUCCAGCAGACCCGGAGUCUUGUGCAUUGGUGUGGAUCUCAACAGGAACUGGAACUCAGGCUUUGGAGGAAAUGGUUCUAACAGCAACCCCUGCUCAGAGACUUACCAUGGGCCCUCACCUCAGUCAGAGCCAGAGGUGGCUGCCAUUGUGGACUUCAUCACAAGCCAUGGGAACUUCAAGGCUCUGAUCUCCAUCCACAGCUACUCUCAGAUGCUCAUGUAUCCAUAUGGCCACUCUGUGGAACCUAUCUCAAACCAAAAGGAACUGUACAGUCUUGCCAAGGAUGCAGUAAAGGCUCUGUACAAGGUGCACGGGAUCAAGUACAUUUUUGGCAGCAUCAGCACCACCCUCUAUGUGGCCAGUGGAGUCACUGUGGACUGGGCCUAUGACAGUGGCAUCAAGUACGCCUUUACCUUUGAGCUCCGAGACACGGGGCGCUAUGGCUUCCUGCUACCAGCUACACAGAUCAUCCCCACAGCCCAGGAGACAUGGGUGGCAUUGCGGACCAUAAUGGAGCACACUCUGAAUCACCCCUACUAGCAGCACUAUUGAGGGUAGAACAGGCAAAAUCCGCCUCCUGCCCAAGUCCUGGGGCUCCUUCUAAAAUUCAGGUUAUGCAUCCCCUUCCCACACCCUUGCCCAGAAUGCAGAGAAAUAAACGCAAGUUUGAACAGA